CUAUCUUUUUACCUAAUAGUGCGUUCGUUUCAAUGGCUUUAGGUAAAACUCAAUAUUUUAGGAGCUACGAUACUUUGCCUGUUCUAAUAAAAAGUAGUAUUUAAAGGAAAAAUUCUUUACUGAAUUCAUUAUAUUCGAGUAAGAGAUACGAAGAGUAAAAGGACUUUGUUUAGAUUGUUUAUACUCACUUUCCCUGCUUAACGUUUGUUUUUUUGGCUGGAACUUAAACUGUUUAAAUUGCUAAUGUAAACAAGCGAAGACAUUCUUUGGCAAAAGCCUUCUAUCCUUUUAUUAUCCAACAUGACUGUAGUCGAAGAAUAUUCUGAAAUUAAACAAUUAAGGAAACCACCCAAAGCGUAUACUGGCUUACAGAAACUUAAUUACUUACCGGUGCCGAAACCUAAGACAUUCCAGAUAUACAAUACGCUUCUAAAUUCUAUAAGAUGUCCAUGUGGAGUAAGUACAAUACAAGUAUGUGUUUACUAUAGACUUCAUGGGAAACUUGUUCCUGCAUUUACUAUAGAAAUUGAUCCUUCAUUUCAAACACGCCAAAUAGGAGCGUUGGUUAAUAAUACUAUUCAAGAUUAUUCGAAUAACCUACUACCAAAAGAAUUGAAAGAGAAGCAGAUUGUAGUCUCUCCAUUUUAUCGAGAAAGCUUUGAACUUCGCCCGAAGGAACAGCGGGUAAUCGAAAACCUUGAUGGACCUAACUACAUUCUUGUUGAAGUCUCAAAGGCUAAUGGGGAUUGAUUCAAUGUACUUCUUAUCUUGAUAAAUCGUUAAAUUGUCUGUAUAAACGUUUGAUAUAAGCACGAACUAGCUACUUAGUGGAACACACAACUUAUAAUUUCCUACAGACAAUUAAAUAUUCUUACUCGUAAAAGAUAGUCUAUUUAAUGUCUUACAUAUCAACCCAAAAAGAGCUCAUUUACAA